GGCAGUUGGUACUCCUCGGCGUCUCCGUUGGCACCUCCUCUCUUGUUUGCGAUCAGAUAAGGAUAGAUCGAAGGCGAGAGGUCUCAGAGAGACAGAGAGGAGAAGAACGAAACCCUAACCCUAGGUGGGACAAUUGUGGAGACCGUGGCCGCUGCUCGCCGGCGAGGGCUGCAUGAGUAGGCAGGAAGAAGACGAGCGCGGCGGCGAUCCCAGGUUCCUCAAGCACCCAUGGGGUUGGUUAUCCUGUCCUCCUCACCCACUUCUUCUUGUUCUUUGCCGCCGCAUUCGUCUCGCCCCUCCUUGCUCUCUUCUGGAGCUCCGCCUCCCCGCCGGCUUAUAUCCCUUCGACGGCUGAGGCCGAGGCCCCCCGGGUCCUCGAUUUGCAGUUUUUUACCAGGUUGGGCAACUUCACUUCAAAGUGCUCUAUCACAAACAUUGACAUUGAUUUUGAACAUGUAGCAACUGAGGAUGAGGUCUCAGAAGACCUUCCAUGCCUUCCAUCCCUUCCAUCAGGUUGCACUAUUCCAUAUAUACAUAUGGCACCAGAUAUUCUUGAUUCCAAGCCCUUAUUAGUGACGGAAGAGACCCAUGUAAAAUCCCUUUUCAAAACAUUGCCGGUUUUGUCUGAAGGGGAACAGGAGACACUAGCAGCCACUCCAGCUCAUCCUGCAGCUUUAUAUGCUUUGUAUGCUAGCUGUUUGGUUGGAAAUUUGGUGGAACAACUGUGGAACUUUGCUUGGCCUGCUGCUGUUGCAAUUCUUCAUCCAAGUUUGUUGCCUGUGGCGGUUGUGGGUUUCUUCACAAAGUUUUCAAUCUUCAUCGGGGCUCCAAUUGUUGGCAAACUUAUGGAUCAUUUUCCUAGAGUUCUGGCAUAUCUCACUUUGAAUUUUGUCCAGACAGCUGCUCAAUUAUUGUCAGCUGCAAUGAUCAUAUAUGCUCUCACUACCACACAUCGCAUUACUACAUCAGCUGUGCUUCUUCAAACUUGGUUUAUCGUACUGGUAGUAGCUGGGGCAGUAGAAAGGCUUGCAGGAUUGGCAUUAGGGGUUUCCAUGGAGCGUGAUUGGGUUGUGCUGUUAGCAGGCACAAACAGGCCAGUUGCACUAGCCCAAGCAAAUGCCAUGCUUAGUCGGAUCGAUCUUCUUUGUGAGAUAGCUGGUGCUUCGCUUUUUGGCAUUUUAUUGUCCAAGCACAAUCCUGUGACCUGCUUAAAGCUUGCUUGUUGUCUAAUGAUAUGCGCACUGCCUGUCCUGGUUAUACUGGGGCAAUUAGUCAAUAGGCUUUCAAGUGGUGUUCUCAAUUGCUCUAGAUAUCCUAGUGAUGAAUCUGACAUAGCCAGACCUCCACUUGAUGCUGGGAAGAUAGUGAAAAAUGGAAUGGAUGCCAUCAGACAAGGCUGGAAGGAAUAUAAGCAUCAGCCUGUUCUUCCUGCAAGUAUUGCAUAUGUGCUUCUUUAUUUCAAUAUAGCUCUUGCUCCGGGUGCUAUUAUGACAGCACUCCUAAUGCAUCAUGGGAUAAACCCAUCUAUUAUUGGUGGAUUUAGUGGAUUAUGUUCCAUCAUGGGCUUUGUUGCAACAUUCAUAUCUGCUACUCUAGUGAAAAAGCUUGGCAUUUUGAAGGCUGGAGCAGCUGGAUUAAUUUUUCAAGCCUUACUUCUAACAGCAGCUGUUGUUAUGUACUGGACUGGUUCUAUCUCCCAGCAAACUCCACUAUUUAUCUUCCUUUCUCUAAUUGUAUUAUCAAGGCUAGGACAUAUGUCAUAUGAUGUUGUAGGGACACAAAUUCUUCAAACUGGGAUUCCUGCUGCCAAAGCAAAUUUGAUAGGGACUACAGAAGUUUCAAUUGCAAGCCUAGCUGAGUUUGUAAUGUUAGGUGUUGCGAUAAUUGCAAAUGAUGUUUCCCAUUUUGGUUUUCUGGCCAUGCUUUCUGUUUCCUCAGUAGCUGGUGCUGCAUGGAUGUUCUGUCAAUGGUUAGCAAAUCCAACAGAUGAACAUAGGAGACUCUUUGCCUUUGAUGCUGAGACAUAAUGCACGUUAAAGAGGAUAUGGAUGUCAUGUUACUCAACUGCAAAACUACAGAGCCCUGAUAAUCUGGUCAUCUCAGUAUCCAAGUUAUUAUGCAGAUGCAUGUGACUGUCUCCUUGUAAAUCACUAAUAGCUUAUAAAGAUUCUUGGAACUCGUAGUUGAUGAUGAUGCUGUGUCAGCCAACUCAGCUCUGAUAAUCUGGUUAUCUUUUAGUAUCUGAGUUACCAAGCAGAUGCAUUGUCUCAUCGGGAAUCACCAAUGUUACAUACAUAUGUAUGUGUGUAUGUAGAAAGCAGAGGAGGGUCGAGGUGACCCACCCAUGAUUCUUUAGGAAUAUGAAAUCAAAGAUUGGUAAGACAGAGACGUGGAGAAGAAGAUAUAGUACAGGCCAGGGAAGAAAGAAGUAGAAGAGAUGAGGGAAGAGGGGAGACGGUGGCAAGGAGAGAUGAAAUGGCCGAGAAUGUUGUUUUAGUUGAAGGAGCUUCACUGAAGUCCAGCAGUGGUGUGCCAGACAGGUAGAAUCUUUGACGCUGUCUUCACUGGCAGCAGAGGUCCAUUGAAUGAAGAGGUCGCAGACUGUAUGAAGCGAGCUGGUGUCACUGCAAGAUUUAUUGUUGAAAAUUCUGCUGUUUCUUUUAUUCUAAUGGCCCAUAGAAAUGCAUUGAGAAAGUUGCUCCGGCACCCUCCUCCUGUCAAACUCUUGCCUUUCUCAGACAUAGUUUAGACUUUAAAGCAUAUCUUACUGCUUGAUAAGUUGCUCCAGCAUCCAAAUAGGGCCUUAAUGUCAAAAUUAUUAUGCAUAUGUAGCUAUCUCAUUUGGAAUCACCCAGACCGGUCAUUUUAGUUCGGCCUGCAAUUCCCAUUUAUAGGCUUAUAUGCUUGAUGAUCUAAUAUUCAUUUUCCGACUUAUAUUUGUGACUACCAAAUGUUGACCACCUUCAUCGAUGCCUGUGGCCUCACUGCAUGCAGAGUGGCAGAUUUAUAUAUUUGACCAAGAGGAUGCUUUCAUGCUAGUUGUCUGUGAUGCCAAAGAUGUGUCAGGCUAAUCUGAGAACUGUUAUUGCGUCAGCUGGCAGUUAAAUGGAUAGCUAUUGCUACAGCGGUUGUUCUCUCAGUUGCCAUGGAAGUUUCUAACUUCACCAAAGUUUCUAAUAUAGAUGUAAAACCGAACCAACACAGCAUAUCACAACAUUAGAAAUGGAUCUCUCAUUCAAAAAUUUGUCAUCUUUAUACAAUUAUAUGUAUCAUCAAUUUUGUAAACUAAAGCUGUGGAAACAAAUGUGAUUCAAAAAAUAUUUCUUUUGUCGGAAUCA